AUGUCUUAUACUCUUGAAGAACGCUGUGAAUUAUAUCCAUUGGAAGAGAUAGCUGUUAAUGCUCUUUAUGAAUAUUAUUCUGAUUUGGGGGAUUUGCAAAAUAUGUGUGAUGACAUGAAGAUAUUAUGUGAGAAAGAGCAAAUUACUACAAGUGGAAGUGAUAAAUAUGGUAAGUUGAUUGAGGAUGAAGCAUUUUUAAUAGAAGAUAUCGCAAAAUUGUCUAAUGAAAUGCUUGUUAAACAUAAAAAUGUCAUAGAUGCUUUUAGAACCUGUAGAGCAGUUCGUGAAUUGAAAAGGAAAGAUUUUACUAAACCCAAAAAAAAAUAA